AUGCGGAAGCUGAAGGAGUUUCAACAGAAGACAACCCCAUCCGCAGGAAGUGCUGGACCAAAGAAGAAGAGGAAGGUUAAAGCAGGCGAUCAGCUGGACGCAGCUGCGGACAGACACUCGCCGGACAAUGUGAGUCAGAUUGAGAAUAUUCUCAAAGUUAUGGUGUCUGAUCUUAGUCUGGCUAAUGGAGUGUCUCAGCCUCCAUUUGUCAACAGCAGUCAGGAUGAUGUGGAUGCGGUGAACCAGGUCUCGCAGGAGCUGGAGGAGACCAGCGCUGAACCCGUCUCUAAUCCUGCUUCUGCUAUUAACUCUGAUAACCCUGGCCUGCAGAAGUACACAGGAGAUGCAAACGGCGAUGAACAUCCUCUGGAAGAUAACAGGCCGCUGUCGUCCACCGAGAGCCUGAGACAGAUUUCCCAGCAGCUCAAUGGACUGCUGUCUGAGUCAGCAACAUACAUCAAUGGAGACAGCGGUCCGCCGACGGUCAGCGAGAAGGAACUGGAGUCAGCAACAUACAUCAAUGGAGACAGCGGUCCGCCGAUGGUCAGCGAGAAGGAACUGGAGCUGAAGGAGUUUCAACAGAAGACAACCCCAUCCGCAGGAAGUGCUGGACCAAAGAAGAAGAGGAAGGUUAAAGCAGGCGAUCAGCUGGACGCAGCUGCGGACAGACACUCGCCGGACAAUAUUGAGAAUAUUCUCAAAGUUAUGGUGUCUGAUCUUAGUCUGGCUAAUGGAGUGUCUCAGCCUCCAUUUGUCAACAGCAGUCAGGAUGAUGUGGAUGCGGUGAACCAGGUCUCGCAGGAGCUGGAGGAGACCAGCGCUGAACCCGUCUCUAAUCCUGCUUCUGCUAUUAACUCUGAUAACCCUGGCCUGCAGUCAGCAACAUACAUCAAUGGAGACAGCGGUCCGCCGAUGGUCAGCGAGAAGGAACUGGAGGACCCUUAUGACUGGUUUUGUGGUCCAGAGUCACAUAUGAGUGUAUGUUAUAUGAAUAUGGUCUGUGUCAGUAAUGUGAGCGAGGAGUCCAGACAGCAGAGCUCAGAGCUGUCCGAGCAUCUCAAGCUGAGAGUAAAUGAGAACAACGGCUUGAAGCAGGAGGUUGAUGAGCUCCGUAAGCGGCUGGAGAUGGCCGACAGCAUGCUGCAGCAGUUCUCCAGUCAGACGGGUUCUCCGUCUGAGCACCAGCAGGUCCAGCUCCUGCUGGAAGAAAAGCACCAGAUAGAAGCUCACACGGCUCAGCUGAUGGAGUCGGUGGCUCAGCUGCAGGUGGAGAGAGAUCAGUACGCUGUACAGAUACAGGAGGAGGGACACGCGUGGAAGGACAAAACAGAACAGCUUCUGUCUCAGGUGCGUCUGAUGUCAGAGGAGCGCGACAGCACUGCUGCUCAGAUUCAGGAGCUGCAGGAGAAGAUCACAGAGCUGGAGAACGCUGCAGCUCUGAUGAGUAAAGAGCAGGAGCCGCAGGCCGUGUCACAGGCCUCAGGCCCUUCAGAAAGUGAACUGGCCCUUCAGGAAACCAUCAGCAGCCUUCAGGAGGAGAGAGACGCUCUCAGUCUGCAGUACCAAGCACAGGUGCGAGACAACGAGCAGCUGAGCCGACUGGUGCAGGAACAGGAAGUGAGGCUGGAAGAACUGGAGAGACACGCAGAACGCUCCGCGGAAGAGGCUCAGGAUCGACUGCAGAUUCUGGAGGACGUCCAGAGCGACAAGGCCACCAUCAGCAGAGCCCUGGCCCAGAACCGAGACCUCAAAAACCAGCUGGCCGAGCUGCAGAACGGCUUCGUCAAGCUGACCAAUGAGAACAUGGAGCUGACCAGCGCUCUGCAGUCCGAGCAGCACAUCAAGAAGGAGAUCGCUCGUAAGAUUGGUCAGCUGCAGGAAGACCUGCACAAUGCCAAAGAACAGCUGCAGGAGAAGUGCGGAGAGCUGGCGUCUGCGCAGGAGCACAGGGAUCAGUGUCUGGCUCACCUGCAGCAGUACACGGCUGGAUACCAGCAGCUGGUGGCGGAGCGAGAACAUCUGCACCAUCAGUUCCUGCAGCAGGCGCAGCUGAUGGACCGACUGCAGCACGACGAGGUGCAGGGCAAAGUGCAGCUGGAGCAGAGUCACGUGCAGCUGCAGGAGGCGCAGGAGAAACUGAACCAGCUGGCUAGAGAUAACGAUGAGCUGAAGACUGAGGUGCAGGAGCUGCUAAACAGCUCGGCUCUGAACACCUCACACGCGAAGCUAGCGGAGCUGCAGGAUCUGGUCAUGCGUCUGGUGGGCGAGCGUAACGAGUGGUACAGCAGAUACAUGAGCGCCAUUGGUAACCCUGACCUCCUGUCCUCUGGAGGAGAACGCCUCCAUCCUGCUGACGGACACACGGAAAGCCCAGGUGCUACAGCACAGUCUCACUCAUACAAACUCAUACCGAUUCAGUUCGCUCAGAUGAGUCGAUUCAGUGAACCAGUUCAGCUACAGGCGCUACACUUUCAGAAGUGAGAUUUGAGGCCUGGAAAAAUUUAAAGAAAU